AUGGAAGAGAAGAAAACAGUUGCGGAAGUGACACAACGUUUGCGUGAGAUUGAAGACUAUAACCUUGCGUUUCGACUUCAGGAAGAAGAGUACUUGAGUCAUUACCACCGUAACAGAGAAGGACGACGCUUAGUUGGAGAUGAUACUAAACAAUCCAUUGUGGAGCAGGCCAAGGAGAAUCAACAAAGAAUAGAAACGAUAAGAAAAAUAACCGAGUCCGAUGAAGAGUUGGCACGACGCCUUCAACAGCAAUUUGAGGAGGAGGAGAAACAACGGCUCGAUGAAUUAGCUCGAAAAGAUGCGGAACUCGCUCGUCGUCUUGCUAAUAAUGAUGAACAGUCUACAUCUGCUUUAAGCACAAUACCUCCUCCUGUUCACCCUUCGCACGCAAAUCCAGUGCGACCACCACCACUUAUCGACCUCUCCGAUCAGAUGGCUACUUCGUCGAGUGUGCUUCAUACACAACCAGACCUCCUCCAACAGCUUCCAACACCUAUGGUUACUUCAUCUGUCGAAAAGCAAAAUGUUUUCACAUCUCCGAAUAUUCACCAGGCACCCCCUGUCACACUUCAUCCCACCAAUCCAUUUCUACAAGACCUAUCCAAGGAACAAGUUCAAGGAUCAACUCAGUACUAUUCAGAGUUUGGCCUGCCACCUCCAUCUGAUCUUGCUUUGGGGAAAAAGAGAUGA